GCCAUGUAGCCGUGAGGUCGUGGUUCCGCUUUCCUUAUUAGAAAUUCGUCCGGAAGUGAUGGAUAUGUGAAAUGAUAACGGUCCUAUCCUUACUGAAGCCAUGAGCUCGUUGGUUCUACCUUCGUCAUUGGAAAUUCGUCAUCGCCGCAUUGCGGCAUCUACCACAAAAUCCAAGCCCGACUUUGAGAGAAGAAAUCUCAGGCAUUUGUGCCAUUUCGAGGGAGCAAGCAGCAAGUCUGAAUUUGAAGCGCUGAAGCACCAAAUUAUAAGACUCAGCAGCAGAGGGCGAUUAAAGGAGGCCUUCGAUGUCUUCCACUCGAUGUCUCAUCACGACUUGGUCAUCUACUCAGUGCUACUGAAGUCAUGCAUUCGUCUCAGAGACUUCAGACGAGGCAGACUUCUUCAUGCCCACCUUCUCCAGUCCAAUAUCGAGUGGGAUAGCGUCUUAUCAAACUCUCUGAUCAGCUUCUAUUCAAAAUUUGGGGAUUGGGAGAUGGGCCACGAGAUUUUUGAGCACAUGAGUACCAAAAAUUUGGUGUCAUGGGGUGCAAUAAUAUCUUGUUUUGCUCAAAAUGGUCAGUAUCGUAGAGCAAUCGCCAAAUUUAAGAAUAUGGUGGUGGUUGGCUUCUUCCCCAACGAGUUCUGCUAUGCUAGUGUCAUUAGAGCAUGUUAUGAUGGUGAAAAUUUUGCUUUUGGAUUGGUGGUUUUUGGUUUAACAAUAAAGACUGGGUUCAAAUACAAUUUAUGCGUUGGCUGUGGCCUGAUUGAUAUGUUUGUUAAAGGAGGUAAUGAUAAGGACAGUGCACUCCUAAUAUUUGAUGAUAUGCCUGAAAGAAAUGGUGUUGCGUGGACUUUAAUGAUCACUCGUUGCGUUCAAUCUGGCUCUGCAGAAGAGGCGAUUGGCUUGUUCUUGGACAUGGAAUUGGAUGGAUUUGAACCAGAUCAGUUUUGUUUUACAAGUGUUGUUUCAGCCUGCACAGAGCUGGAAUCCUUGAAACUUGGCCAGCAAGUCCAUUCACGGAUCAUUAAAGCUGGUUUGGUAACGGAUGUUUGUGUUGGGUGCAGUUUGAUUGACAUGUAUGCAAAGUGUUCAGAGAAUGGAUCAAUGGAGGACUCAAGGAAGGUCUUUGAUAGAUUGACGAAGCAUAACGUCAUGUCAUGGACCGCAGUUAUCUCAGGAUAUGUUCAAAGUGCAGGCGAGGAUGUGGAAGCACUUAAGCUCUUUUGCAGGAUGAAACAUGGCUAUGUUCAACCGAAUGAAUAUACAUAUUCUAGUGUCCUGAAGGCCUGUGCAAAUAGUUCUGAUUUGGAAACAGGUGAACAGAUAUACGCUCAUGUUGUCAAGUCUGGCCUUGCACCAUGUGAUGCUGUCGGUAAUGCUUUGGUGAGCUUGUAUGCUCGAAGCGGAAAGAUGGAUGAGGCACAAAAAGCAUUUAAUUCUAUGUUCCAAAAGAACUUGAUUUCAUAUAAUGUAAUGGUGGAUGGUUAUGUUAAGAGUCAAAGAACAGAUGAAGCUUUCAUGCUUGCCCAAGAAAUCGACAAUAUUGGGAUUCGGCCAAGUAACUUCACAUUCUCUAGUCUGCUGAGUGCAGCAGCAAGCCUUGGCGCAAUGACAAUUGGUCAACAACUUCAUUGUCAGCUCUCAAAAUCUGGGUUGAGUUCUGAUCCAUGCGUUGGGAAUUCUCUAAUUUCAAUGUACUCAAGGUGCGGCAAUGUUGAGGAUGCAUUCAAGGUGUUCAGCAGAAUGGCUGUUAGAAACUUAAUUUCAUGGACGUCAAUCAUCAUGGGUCUUGCUAAGCAUGGAUAUGCAAUAGAGACACUUGAAAUAUUCGACCAAAUGAUAGAAUCAGGAAUCAGACCAAAUGAAGUGACAUUUAUAGGUGUUCUUUCUGCAUGUGGCCAUGCAGGACUGGUUGAUGAAGGAUGGGAAUACUUCAACUCAAUGUCUUCUUCUCAUGGAAUUAGCCCAAGAAUGGAGCACUAUGCUUGCUUGGUUGACCUUCUCGGUCGUUCUGGUUGUCUUGAAAAGGCCCUUAGCUUCAUUAACUCAAUGCCUUUUGAAGCUAAUGCUUUGGUGUGGCGAGCACUUCUUAGUGCUUGUAGAACUCAUGGGAAUAUGGAAAUAGGAAAAACUGCAGCAAAACGAAUUGUAGAAUUAGAACCAGACGAUUCAGCAGCAUACGUCUUACUCUCAAACUUGUAUGCUGCAUGUGGUUUAUGGGAUUCCGUGUCCCGUAUCAGGAAACGAAUGAAGGUGAGAAAACUGAGGAAAGAAGCUGGAUGCAGUUGGGUGGAGAUACACAACCAAGUGCAUAGGUUCUAUGUUGGCGACACUUCUCAUCCACAAUCAAAAGAGAUAUAUAACAAGCUGGGUCAACUAGUUUCAGAAAUUAAAGAACUGGGUUAUAUACCUGAUACAAACUUUGUUCUUCAUGAUGUGGAAGAGGAACUGAAGGAGCAGUACUUGCUUCAACACAGCGAGAAGAUAGCCGUUGCUUUUUGUGUCCUAAAUACAGUUCCAGGAAGGCCUAUUCGGAUAUUCAAGAAUCUACGCGUAUGUGGCGACUGCCAUACUGCAUUAAAAUUCAUAUCAAUGACUACAGGUCGAGAGAUCAUUGUUAGAGAUACCAACCGUUUUCAUCAUAUUAAGGAUGGGGGCUGUUCAUGUAGAGGAUAUUGGUGAUUAGUGAGCAGAGACCACUGCAACCGGAUUUUUACUUAAGGGGCAUGGCCAAUCUACACACUUCUACUUUGAUAGUUGAUGCUGAAUUCUGCAGAAGGAAGAAAAAAGACAAGUAAUUAAUGCUAGAAUUUGGCAACGUGAUGAGAGAAUAUUUCUCCGAGCAACUUGGCUGUACUAUCGUGUAUAAAGAUGAUUAAUGUUAGCGGCCACUUUCCAUGUGGUGAAGCAUAGAUAUUUACAAAGAUAACCAAGCUUAUCGAUGAACAUUCUAGUUUUGGGUUGACUUUGCGCAAGAUGUUUUCCAAUGAGAACAAAGAAGUAUGUUUGCAUCAGCAAGCAAAGAUCUUUCACAUUAGUCUUUGAACAUUCGGAGCACAUGUAAGCAUGUAAAAUACAAGCUAACUUUUUAUCCUCCAUCCAAGUCUGCGAAACGAAUCCAGAUUUGUAACAUUGUGCUAGCACAAGCACAAGCAUCUAGACGAAGGGGAUGAUGUUAUCAUAUGUAUCUAGUUAAUAAGGCAAAAUUGUACAGGCACUAGCUGUGCAGUAUAAUAUCUUGAA